GUACACCCGUACUGUUGGUCAACUAAUUGGCUCCACCUCAUAGAUGUUCCUGUUGCAAAGCAUAAAAUUAUCUUUUCCUCUAUCUUCAAUAUAGUAAUAUAAACUUCUGUCAUACUGCUUGCGGAGAGUUGAGUUGGGAGCUCAGAAAUGGCAGAGGUGCUUGCUGAGAAACUCAAAGGAAAACUACUACACCUUCUUCCCGUAUUGUUUAUCUCCAUGUGUUUCGAGCUUAUGAUGCUUGUGGAUUAUCUGGUUCUGUUUAUCCCAGCAUUGCUCACUCCCCAUGGAAUGGUGUCCGCUUGGCAGACUUUGUAAUGCCUUUUUUCCUCUUUUGUUGUUAGAGUUUCACAGACCUGCAGAUAGUUUUAGACAGAACUGGGGCAACCUUGAAAGUUGUGAUUAGGACCUUGAAACUUUUUAUCCUUGGCAUUUUCCUUCAAGGGGGUUACUUGCAUGGAGUAACUGGUUUAACCUAUGGUGUAGAUAUUGAAAGAAUACGAUGGAUGGGAAUUUUGCAGAGAAUAGCUGUUGGAUAUUAUAGCAGCUUUGUGCGAGAUAUGGCUUCCAUGUCAAGAGAUGAAAAGAGUUGCCCUUUUCAGAAAUUAAAUUUGGCAAUGGUGUAACAUGUUCUCUAUUGUCUGCUAUACAUUGUGGGUUGUUCUAUGGCCUGUACGUCCCCAACUGGCAAUUCAGUGUGUCGCAGUCAACUGGAAGCACUAUUUAUGAGGUAAAAUGUUCUGUUAGAGGAUAUCGUAGACCCGCAUGUAAUUCUGCUGGAAUGAUUGAUCGCUAUAUUCUUGGCAUAGAUCACCUCUAUGCAAAACCUGUAUAUAGAAAUAUGAAGGAAUGCAAUGGAUCCAACAGUGACAGUUUCUGAGAGUAUGCUCUCUUGGUGUCAUGCUGAUUUGGAUCCUGAAGGCAUUGUGAGGAUGCCCCUUGUAGAGCAAUAGGAGUGUGAUCAGAAGUAAUCCUUUGCAGGGGAAUCUGUUUCAUAUUAUUGAAACUAUCAUCCCAAUCUGCAGUGAUCAACAUCCUGUCAAUUCUUGAAGCAGCUUCAUGGAGGCCCCCCUUGAACCAUGUGUAUUUUUGCAUCUUCUAAGUGCAGCCUACAAUUAGGGUUUGUUAAUUGGUUCACAAGUCUCCUUCAAAGAUGAUCAUUUUGAGGAGCUUCAACGGAGAGAGUUUUGAGGUCGAUGAGACGGUGGCGCUAGAAUCGGAGACGAUUAAACAUAUGAUUGAGGAUGACUGCGCUAACAACACCAUUCCUGUACCCAACGUUACUGGCAAGAUCUUAGCCAAGGUCAUCAAAUAUUGCAAGCGCCAUGUGGAGGUUUCUAAAGCUGAAGAUAACACUGCUAAAGAGGAUCUGAAGACUUUUGAUGCUGAAUUCGUCAAAGUUGAUCAGAGCACCCUUUUCAAUCUCAUACUGGCUGCCAACUAUUUAAAAAUAAAGAGCCUGAUUGACCUGACAUGUCAGACACUUGCUGACAUGAUCAAAGGGAAGACCCCUGAAGAGAUUCGUAACUUACUUAACAUCAAGAACGACUUCACUCCUGAGGAAGAGGAAGAAAUCAGGAGGGAGAAUGCUUGGGCAGGCUGGUGAAUUUGAGUCUGCUAAGCAUCCAUAUCUGAUGAUAUAUCUGCAAUAUACUUCAGUAGAUGCUAUAAAUAACUUACAUUAGUAAGUGUGACUGUUGUGUUUCGGACCUUCUAGCUUUGUCAGUUGAACCUCUUUUGCUAUGUUAUGCCAUGGUUUCUUGUAUUGUUAGAAAAAAUUGAAGAUAAAAUCAUGUUGGUAGCUGAUGUCCAUUUUCAUUGAUCUAUUAUUGGUAAUUCACAUUGUUUCUUGUGUUUA